CUGUACUGUAUUUUGUGUUGUCAGUCCUGCAUUUGCAAAGAACAGUCCGCUCAACACAACAGCUUCGGACCAAUACUGGCAAUAGCAAUAUGGUAAGGCGCUACCGUGGCGCAGCCAGAUAGGACGUUGCUCCUUCAAUCUUAGGUUUUCAUAGGGUGGGAAGUUGCAGAGCACAAACGUCGUUUGAAAGGCUCGCUUUUGGAUGUGUCCACUGAUGUUCGCUCGCUAGUAAGAGAGUGUAGCUAGUGGUUCGUGCUAUGAGCGCUGUGGACUAACGGUCUGCAGACGAUGAGUGUGUUCAGUGGCGAGGUGCAACAGGCAGCGGCGGAGAGCAGCGAUGAGAGGAGACGGGUUGAAGGCUGGCUGAGAAUAUGUUCCGAGGACCCGGAGGUUGGCCGAUGGGAGAAGCGCUACUGUGCUCUUUCUGAGGAUGAACGGAGGAUACGCUUCUUUGCCAGCCCGAAUAGUAUGUGGUCUCCUUCCACUUUGGAACCUCUUGUUCUGGGCAGCCAUGAUGGAUUCUUUGAGACUGAUGUAAACCUAGAUGCAAAUGGGUGCUUCUCUCCUGCUGUGAAGAGCGGUGCAACGACUUUCACACGGAUAGGAACACGCUUCCGAGCAUCUAUCAAGCGCAGCAAGAGUCUCACACGAAGGUCUGGUGAAGUUCACUCCAGGAGGUCUGUAGUGGAGCCACGAGCCAAGUCUUCUGCUGCCACUGAGGCAGAUGAGGAGACAAAGCGAUCGAGGCGCCGAAGUGCGUUGACAACUCAGAAAAGCUUUCAUCACUCUCUCGACUCCCUAGAUGCCACAACAUCGUUUGGAGAUCCGAACACCACAGUGAAUCUAGCCCUGAACCCUCCACCUCGCGUUGACACUCUACAUUCCAGCAUCAGCCCUUCGGAGCACUGUUUCUACAUUGCCUUUGCCAAUUCUGGUGGCCUAUACUUCUCCGCGCCGAGCAGCGAUGCCAAGGAGGUGUGGAUAGAGAGAAUUGACCGCCAAAUAGGAGAGGCUAAGAGAGAGCACAUUUCCCCGCAGAAAGGACUGAACCCACAAGACGUCCGGCACAUCUAUCACUACAGUCUUCGCUUGGCCAACGCUAAGGGAAUGAAAGACGGUGGGAAGAGUAAAGGAUAUUACUUCUGUGACUUUGAAGUGAACAACAGACUGUAUAGUCGCACAGCAAGCAAUGCACUAGAGAACGAUGCGGUGACGUGGAAUGACCAGUUCCAGGUGGCUGUGCCGUAUAUGAAGUCUGUUACUAUCAAACUGUUCAGAGACGGCCAUGCUCCAUCACCGCGACAACGAUCGAAGUCAGGUGAUAUCCAUCAAGCUGUGCCGCUGGGUAAAGUUGUGAUUGACGUGCGCUCCGGUAUGACUUCAGGAGAGGAGAAAACGGAAUGGACGGCAAUGGAAGGUACUGGUCUAUCAAUUCUAACCACAACUCUCUACUAUCAUUUGGUGGUCCUUCCGCUGGAGUUCUACGGCAAACUGGUGGAACUUGUUGUGAAUAACCCUCGACUUGUGUGUGAUGUAUUUGAGCCGCACAUGAAGCCACACUCAAAGGAGCACUUUGCGUACAGCAUGAUGAAGAUCCUUGGUGCGGCAGGAAAGGCCAGUGACUUUGUUGCCGAGGUUGUGGUUGAAGAGGUCAAAGGGCUUGACAGCGUCAGUAUGAUAUUCCGCGGAAACACGUUUGCAUCCAAGCUCAUGGAGUGCCAUAUGCGCAUCGUGCUUUCAGAUUAUUUGCGAGUAGCGUUGAGAGAAGCCAUGAUCGACAUCUACGGGUUUGAUUGUGACGUGGAGGUUGAUCCAUCGAAACUUCCGCCGAACUUCCCUAAUAGUUCGCUGCUGAAUAACCAGGCCAAUCUGAUCAUAAUGGUCGAGAAGAUCUGGUGUCGCCUGAACUCUACCAGCGCAGACUUCCCAAGAGAGCUCAGCGCAACCCUGUACAAGAUACGAAUUCUCCUAAACGCUCUCAUGAACCAGGAUGUUUCAAGAAGACUUGUUGCUGGAUCGGUGUUCCUGAGGCUCAUCUGCCCAGCCAUGAUACACCCAAACACGUUCAACGUCACCCAUGCACGCAGGACAUCCAAGGUGGAGAGACGGCUAAUUCUCGUCGUCAAAGUUCUGCAGAACAUGGCUAGCUUGACUAAGUCUAAGAGCCGUGAGGCGUUCUUGCACUUCACAAACGACUUCAUAUCGCGAGAGCGUGCCCGAGUGGAAGCGUAUCUGGACCGCGUGUGCUCUCUGCCGGAUGCUGCACCGAGUGAGUCGCGGCUUUCCCCGGACAUCAGCAGUGUCGCAUCUGUCUCCGCUGGUCCUGCUGAAACACCAAAGCUGCCAAGGCUUCCUCCACCGCAGGGCCUAGACGGUUUGCCUUUCGCAAAGCCAGAUAUCGGCAAAGACAUUGCAUUUCUUCAUGAAGUACUCAAGCGACACAUCACUGACAUCCCUGAAAGCGCGCAAGCGGCUGAACAGGGAAAACUCAUGCAGGAAGUGAACCGCAUCACGUCUGUAUCAGAUCGCGUGGCGCAAAACUUCAGCUGGGCAGCGUAUUCCAAGCACGGCAAGCAGGAGAGUUCAUCAAGCCUGAAGGCAGGCUCUGCGGCACAGCAGCAGCAGCAGCAGCAGCAGCAUCUAGACGCCGACACUGACAUCCGUCCAACACCGGUAUCAGGUGGCAGUAACCGGCAUGACAGUCGAGAGCAACUGCCGCACAAGAGGCUCUCGUCGAAUGAGGAACCCUGUACAGAUACUUUGCUUGCAAAGUCGUUCGUAGGAGCAGUGCCGCCGGCUGAACCGCAGCAACCGCAGCAGCAGCAGGCAAAGGGUACGAGCGGUACUCAGUGGCAAUACUCCCCACACUACCAGCAGCGCUAUCCCCAUCUUCAUCCACAGCAACAACAACAGCAACAGCAACAGCAACAACAACAACAACAGCAGCAGCAACAGCGGCAAGAUGAUGAAUCAGCCACCGGUAGUCCUGCCUCAUCCAGGACACCACGCAGCAGCGUAGCCACUUCCUCUGGCGGUCACGCUAGCAAUACUGCGACUAGUACGGGUGAUGAGUUCUGUCGUCAUGACUUCAAUGAAGAAGUAUGGAAGAAAGAAGUCCGGGACUUAAACCGUUACCUUGAUGAUCAGUCAUUGCAGACACCUGUGUCGGAUUUACCCAGGCAGGAGCUGGAGGACCAGGUUCAGUCUCUGCGUGACCAGAUUGGCAGAGCAGUACAUGUGCUAAACGAAGCGGCUCCGCGACUAGCCCUGGCCGCGGACAGCAGCCGACAAACCGGCCAGCUGCAUGCCCUUGAGUCUGCAAGUCCGCAACGCCUUGCACGCAGUGGCACAAACUCUCCGGCCCACGGCGGCGGGCCCACGCUACUACAGCAAGCACAGGGUGGGGGUGGUGGCCGUGCUCCGCCACCGCACCGUCCGCUGGAUGCUGCAAAUAGCCCUGACCGAAGACUCGCAAGAGGGAAGGCCAGUAGCGGUGGCUCAAUAGAGGCAGCAGCAGCAUCAGGAAGUGCUUCCGAUGACUGUCAGACCGUACUCGACGCUAACAAUCGCUUUGCCUCUUCACUGGGGAAGCAUUUCAAGGACUUCUCCGACUUCCAAGCAGUGGGUGAUCUACUGGCACUGAACAUGUCUCUAGCCAAGGACAGUAGCACUGCAUGAGUCACCACACACACACUACUGCACUUGCCGGCACAUUUGCAGUCAAUGCAAUGCGCUUAUGCCUAGUUCAGUAUGUGCCGAUGUUGGCCGAUAAGCACACAACAUCCCGCCAAGAAAGGAAGGAUGGCAAUCGGUUAGCCUGGACGAAUCUACUCAACGAGCUGGCAACUUGUCCACAAAUGGCUGCCCCGCCUUUCUGGAUACCACAUGAUCGUACUGGAAAACGACUGUUAAUCGCGUGAUUGUGGUAAACCCGAUCAUGCUGUGUUGGCACCUUUGCCGCUGAAAUGCUUCAAUGCAGCCGUGUGCGGAAUAUCAGUGCCACUGAGUGCUUUCUGGAUGCACGGAAACUGCAAGCACUGUGUGCUAUUCGGAGCGGGUUUCUCCUCCAUAUUUGGAGCGGGUUUCUCCUCCAAGCCAAACACUGAGGUCUAGCUCAUCGUCACUUGAUUGCCAUACCGGCGGCCACAACACAACCAUCUUGAGUGUUACACUUAUGUUGUACGCAUAGUGAGAUUCUGAUCUAUGCUACAGGAUCAGUGCAGUGCCUUCUGUCACUGACUACGGUACGGGUCUAUCAUUACUUCACGGUUUCCAUUCUUCUUACAAUGCUAAAGUUUGGAGCUGACACCUCCAUGAUGGUAUUUCUACGCUUUUUCAAAAUUAUGUGUGUGUUUCAAUGUUACUAUGUAUCAAUGUGAAAGGAAUAUUAGUAUUGAAGCCCACUCACUAGCUUGCAGCUUGACCGCCGUGUUGACCAUGUUUUUGGUGUCUCUAGAAAUGUUGCUCAUGCAGAAGACUCUUCAGCUCUGGUACCUGUGUCUUCUUUUUUUUUGGUAAUAAUUAUUGCCACUGUCAGUCUAUAUUGAAGUCUUCUAGUUUAUCGCUCAUCUCAUCUCCGCACCCAUGUGCAAAACACGCAUAGCAACAAUGAUGCCCUCCGAUUGCCACUAUGCCUAUGUUAUGCUAUGACUUAAGAUUACAGACAUUCUGCCAGCAGCCCUUGAGAAAAUAUGAAAGAAACACAAAUAAUUUGUCACACUAG